AUGCUGGAGUCCAAGGGCGAGCACGAAGACGGGCUGGGGAGGUUGCUCUACAAGUGGCUUGACGCCCUUCACGAGUUGUGGUGCGUCUUCUUGCCUGAGACUUGGGCGUCGGGACGGAAGGCGUGCUCCAAGUUCUGCACGGACGCGAGUCUGGAGUCUGGCCGUUCGGUCGCCCGUGCCAAGCUUGUCGCCAAGGUGGUAUGGACGCUGACGUCCCUGAUCCUGUUCUCGGCGUUCUACGCCCCGCUGUUCAUCUACGAAGUCUUCGAGUGGAUCUGCCAGGGUGUGGCCGGCGUGUUCGCCGUAGUCGUG